AUGUCAUUUCUUAGCCAGGGGCUUAUAGCUCAAGUUGGGACUUCUAUCAAGGCUCCAUCAGGGGCUUUGGUUCACAUUCGUACAGCUACAAAGAAAGUCUCGGGGUCCAAAACUAACAAGAAUGAUUCUGCUGGUAGAAGAUUGGGACCUAAGGCAUACGAAAAUCAUUUCGUAAAAACUGGUCAGAUUAUUAUGAGGCAAAGAGGUACCAAAAUACACCCGGGUGAAAAUGUCGGGCUUGGUAGAGACCAUACAAUCUUUGCUUUGGAGCCUGGAUAUGUUCGGUUCUACUUGGAUCCCUUUCACCCAUUGAGAAAAUAUGUUGGCGUAGCAUUGAGAAAAGAUAUUCAGUUACCAAAACCUCAUUUCGACCCACGAAUCAGAAGAUUUGGUUACAAACCCUUGGAUCCAAAAAGAGCUGAGGCCGAGAUGGCGAGGAUGUCAAGAAAAGAACUUCUCGCGCAACCUGAGUUGAAGAAAAGAGCAGAAGAAUUUGCUAAAGAGACAUCUCUGAAGAUUUCUGCUUACUCUGCCUGUAUCGCAGAGUUGCUCCCGUACACUGGUGAGAAUGAUCAGAUUUCAGGUGCGACUAGAUUGCUUUUUAUCGCCAGAAAAUUGGCCUUGAAUGAAACAUACGCUUAUGCCAGUGAGCAAGCCACAUUCAAUGUUGUUCACGAACUAGUUUUACUGAACAAAAGGGGUGAAAUUUCUAAAGAAGAACUUAAUGAGAAAACUGCAAGCUAUAUAGCUUUUGCCAAAGACUUUGACUCCAAAAUUUCCGUUGACUUUACUGGCGCAGUACACCCCUACUACAAUGAUGAAUCCAGAGCUGCCAAAGCUCAUGAGAUUAGAGAAAAAUUGAAGGAGUUCAAGGAGAAAUUGAUUGGACCCACUGAGAAAUCUCAGAUCAGCGAUCUUAUCUCAGAAGCUGGUAUUUUUGAUAAAGAAGAGCGUCAAACGUUGACAAGUCAGUACUUGCCCAAGGUUUUACCCGAGUCUGUUCCAGGUACUGUCAUCGAAGGGGUUUCAAGCAAGAAGAUUCCGAAGAACGCUGUUGCUGUUCGCACGUUCGAUUCAAAGAACCGUACAGUGGCGACUGUCCUCAGAACCAAAGAUGCAUUCCUUCAGUAAAUACCAUGACUAUCUGUACAUAUUUCCCUAUUUAGGCGAUUCGAAUAUACUGUCGUUUAUCAAUCGUUGUCUAGCGUCGACUGUGACAGGGGCAAUGACAAUCACAAAAAUUCAGAUAAAAGUCACCUUCAAGUGCCGGAUUUUAGGCUAUCUACCGUCAUGGGGCCCCGAAAGAGAUCAAAUACGGUGCAAUCACAGAGUGUCAUUGUACGAGCUGUCCAUCUUCACAGCGUAAUGUAAUCGAUAUUAUUGAAAUGGAAGAGACGCUGAAAAUUCUGGAUACGCUUUGCGACAAACAAUUAGACAUUUUGGCCAUUGAGAAGUCAACGUUUUCAAGGCAUGAGACAGGAGCACAAAUCCCAAAUAGGGGAGAGGGGGUAUAUCCUGGUGUAUUAUUAGGCCCCCUUGUUCUGUGGCAUAACUUAUCAGAUUUGAUUAGGUGAGAAGCACAAAUCAAAUAUUAAUGUAAAAUAAAAAUU